AAAAUAGUACUGUACGGAGUAGUAGUUUUUAGACACCGUGGAUUAAAAGCAGAUCGGAAAACCUCGAGAGUUUCUCUCUCUUUGGUUUUUUGCCAAAUCUGUCGCUCGCGUUCUUGCGAGCCCGCUCCUCUCUCUCUCUCUCUCUCUGUCGCUCGAAAGCCGCGAGCCAAAAUCUAGGGUUAGGGUUUCAGACGCCAUUUCCCGGGGCGCUGACGUCAGAACAACAAGAAGAUGAGCGUGGAUCUGGCGGCCUCUAGCACGCAUGGCAACGUCGACGAGCAGAUUGGUCAGCUCAUGCAGUGCAAGCCCUUGUCCGAGCCCGAGGUAAGGGCACUGUGUGACAAGGCUAAAGAGAUACUCAUGGAAGAAAGUAAUGUUCAGCCUGUAAAAAGCCCUGUGACCAUUUGUGGUGACAUUCAUGGACAGUUUCAUGAUCUUGCGGAACUUUUUCGCAUUGGAGGGAAGUGCCCAGAUACAAAUUACUUAUUCAUGGGAGAUUAUGUUGACCGAGGUUAUUAUUCUGUUGAAACCGUCACACUUCUGGUGGCAUUGAAAGUGCGUUAUCCUCAACGGAUCACUAUUCUUCGAGGAAACCAUGAAAGUCGACAGAUAACUCAAGUCUAUGGGUUCUAUGAUGAAUGCCUACGGAAGUAUGGCAAUGCCAAUGUUUGGAAAAUAUUUACAGAUCUUUUUGACUUUUUCCCACUCACUGCCCUGGUCGAAUCAGAGAUAUUUUGUCUACAUGGUGGGCUGUCCCCCUCCAUUGACACUCUUGAUAACAUUCGUAAUUUUGAUCGUGUUCAAGAAGUGCCACAUGAAGGUCCCAUGUGUGAUCUGUUAUGGUCCGACCCUGAUGACCGUUGUGGUUGGGGAAUCUCUCCACGUGGUGCAGGAUACACUUUUGGCCAGGACAUAUCUGAGCAAUUCAACCAUACCAACAACUUAAAACUGAUUGCUAGAGCUCAUCAGCUGGUUAUGGAGGGAUAUAACUGGGGACAUGAUCAAAAGGUUGUCACUAUCUUUAGUGCUCCUAAUUAUUGUUACCGCUGUGGAAAUAUGGCUUCUAUUUUGGAGGUUGAUGACUGCAAAGGACAUACAUUUAUCCAGUUUGAGCCAGCUCCUAGGCGAGGAGAACCAGAUGUUACCCGAAGAACGCCAGAUUAUUUCUUAUAAUGCAGCACAUUGGGUUGCUGAUGUCAGCUUCGGCGUUCUGGGCACGAUAGUGCGGUAGCAGGUCAAGUCCAUGGUGGUUGGAUUCAAGAUUAUUGGUAAGAGGCCUAUUGCAAACCUAGGGGCCCCAUUGGGUUUAAAUUAUGUUCUAACCUGAGUUAGAUUUCCUAGGACUUGGGCAGCCGGCUGGGUGAUGCUGUAAUGUAGUAUUAUUACAUGUACAACGAACUCGUGUUCUUUUUUGGUUUGUUUUCUUCAAAAUAUAUUUUGGUUUCUCUUUCUUCAAUUGUGUUGUUUGGGGUUUGAGGUGAUGAAUAGGCGAUACAAAAUUUAAUGUAUGUGGCAUUGCUCCCGAGUUCUUUGCUUUUUUAUGUGUUACUGACUUGACUGAAUGAUUCAGAUGAUAGAUGCUCUCUACCUUUUUGUUGCUA